CGGGGCAGGUCCCGGUGGGUGCGGGCGGGCCGCGCUGCUGGGUGUCCGCCCCGGGACGCUCCCCACCGGCCUGCUCGCCGCUGCUGACCCCGCGCUGGGCCCGGGGACGUUCCAAGUGCCCAGACUUAGCAAACUUGCCAGCUCAGAGGAGGAGACCUACCCGACGGGGGGCCAAACCCCAACAAGUAAUUGCCUCUGGCUGGUUGACGUCAGUUAACGACUGGACUUUGUACCCAGAAGAGAGUUAAAGCUAAGGACGGUUGGAGAUAAAGUCAUUUCCUCCUUGGGUUGCCCAGCAAGGACGUCGAAAAUGAAAGGCCUUAUCCUCCUCGCUCUUCUCCUUUCCAUAAGCUCAGCCAUCCAGUCAGUCACUCCAAACUCAACUGCCGCCACAUCAACUCCUACCACAACUCCUACCACCACACCAACUCCUACCACCACACCAACUCCUACCACCACAUCAACUCCUACCACCAAACCAACUCCUACCACCACACCAACUCCUACCAUCACAUCAACUCCUACCACCAAACCAACUCCUACCACCACACCAACUCCUACCAUCACAUCAACUCCUACCACCAAACCAACUCCUACCACCACACCAACUCCUACCAUCACAUCAACUCCUACCACCAAACCAACUCCUACCACCACACCAACUCCUACCAUCACAUCAACUCCUACCACCAAACCAACUCCUACCACCACACCAACUCCUACCAUCACAUCAACUCCUACCACCAAACCAACUCCUACCACCACAUUAACUCCGACCACCACAUCAACUCCUACCACCAAACCAACUUCACCUAUUUCUACCUCAUUGGUAAGUAUGACUUCUGUAUCAAGUACAGUUUCAACCACCACUGUCACCACCAUCUCAGCUGGAAGUGGCAACUCAGACACAGCUACUACUUCAACAAUAUCAGUGACCAAUAACGGAUCAUCCGUCAACACAACCACACAGAAUAAUUCUUCAGCAGCUACUAGCAGUGUCAUUUCGUCCAAGACCAGCACCCCAACCAUUCCUUCCCCCCCAGGCCCCAGCAGUCCUUGCCAAGGAGCUCCCUGUAAAGGUGAUUCUUCCUGUGUUAGCCUGAACAGUACCUACUUUUGCCUGUGCUUCUUUGGAUAUUACUAUAACUCCUCCACAUGCAAAAAAGGAAAGGUAUUCCCUGGGACAAUUAAAGUAGAAGUAUCAGAAGUAUCUGGUUUGGGAGAUGAAAAUUCUCUGGCCUAUCAACAACUCCAUAAUAAAGUUAUUGAAUUUUUUGGGGGCACAUUUCGCAAUUUUGAUUAUGGACAGACCGUAAUUGAUGGAGUAAGCAUCCGUCCUUCAGCGAGACUAGAGAUGCGUGCUGGCGGUACUGGUGUUGAGGUAACGGUCCUAAACAUCUUCGCAGAAACGACAAAAGAAAAUGAGGGGACCGUGCUUGAAUUAGUUACAAAAGCGAUUGAAAACAACACAAACAACAUUCUAGGAUAUUCUAAUCAAUCUUUGUGUGAUUAUUUCAAUUGUGAAAAGGAAAAUGCCCAGGACAAGUGUGACAAUGGUUUGCUGUGUAAAUGCAAGCCAGGGUUUGAAAGACCUAACCCACAGAUCCCUAUGUGUCUUGCUUCUGCUCCAACGUGUCCUGACACCUGCAAUGCAAACAACAAUAGGCAAUGCUUAGUGAACAAGGACAACACGGGCGUUGAAUGCGUGUGCCUGUCAGGCUACAAGGAAGAUGGUCAUGGGAUCUGUCAAAAGUGUGGAUUUGGCUACGGUGGAGUCAACUGUGAAGACCAAUUUCAGCUGAUCCUCACUAUCGUGGGCAGCAUUGGCGGCGCCCUCAUUCUCGGCCUGGUGAUCGCAUUGAUCUGCUUGACAAGGUCAAAGAACAAAGACAAGUAUAUUGAAGAACAGAACUUGAUUGAGAACGACUUUCAGAAUCUGAGACUACAGCAGACGACAGGCUUCAGCAAUCUAGGAGCAGAUGGGAGCAUCUUCCCUAAAGUCAGGGCCAAUAUCUCCGGUCAGCCACAGAAUCCCUACGCAAACCACAGAAGCAUGCCCCGUCCUGACUACUAGAAUGGUAAAAAUUGGGGCCUAUCCAUGGCCCUCAACCCAAUGUAUGAACUUUCCUUUUGAGUGUUUAAAAGACUAAUGGAGAAGUGAGCAGCUGGGAAGAUCUGGCCUUUGGUAUUCAUCUGCCACCCAGCACCCAGCCUCUCUGGAUGGAAGUUGUGACUACUUGCAAUGCAUGCAGCUUGUUUGCUAAGUACCUACGGAAUUAAAUGCACAUAGAUGCUAUAAGCACUUGUAAGACAGUUGAUUUUGUCCAAUCAGUACAAUGGUUAGGUAUUUGGUGGUUUUUUUUUUUUUUUUUUUUUUUUUUUUUGGUCCUGGCAGGGCAACAAUAACCACUCCCAAUCUAGAGGAAAGCCCCCCAAGAUUGUGGACGCCUGGGAGAAUGUUGCUUUGAGCUGAUAGCCUACAGAUCCACGACCUCAUUCUGAGACUCUUCCGCAUCAGCUGUGUAGGCCCCAGGGCAUGGAAAGAAAUACCAUCUUGUAAGGUUCUCAGGUUAAUUCUUGACCAAGUUAAAAUAGGAUGCUCCUUCUGUCCAGAGUAGGCAUUUCAUCACGCUUGCCCUGGGUGCCUCACACCAAGGAGACAGAAAAAAACACGUCCCUCAGCUUUUUGGGGAGAAGUGACCAGGAACGCAGGAUCUUUUUGAUGUGCCUUCGAAGGCCCAGACUAGAACUGUCCACCAUGAAGUACGUUCUAGAGUUUUUGAAAUGCCAGUAGGUUGGUGGAGGUAGGGAGAAAAAAACGGUAAAACCAAGAGUGAGAGGAAUAGAGGCCGAAGGAAGGUAGGCAGGAGGAGGAGCGCAGGAGAAUGCACGCUGCAUCCACCCUCGUCCCUGGAUCCCCUCCUCCAGGAGCCAACAGACCUUUCCUCCAAUUCAUGUUCUGCCCACAAGCUGGAGCCUAAGGAAGUGUGAAGCUGAAACCCCAGGAGCCAGAGCUGGAAGGCACUUUGAAGCUGCAGAUUCUGUUUGGUGGAUGGUGAAAGAGGGAGCCUGGGUCCUGGAUCCAGAUGCCCAGCCUCCUUGUGAUGCAGAUUCCAGCGACCUCAUGGAGGACUCCGCUCUCCCUGUGGCGCUGCACACGCAGCCACCUCCCGCAUGCGCCUUCUGUUGUGUUAAUAGGGCCCUUGUUUGUGUCUCCUAUCUGGUCCCCUUGCAAGUUAUUUUUAUUUGUUGUUACUAUUAUUUGUUCUUGACUAUUAACUAACUAUAAGAGGUAACAAAUAAAGUGUCUUUGGUA